AUGGUUCCAAAAAGCAAUCAGGUGUUGAGGGCACUUAAGUUUGAAGACAAUAUCAAUUAUGAAGGCAUGGAAUCUGUGAAAAUGGGUGGACAACAUGUACGAGUCGAAAUGGAUCAUUCGGAUGGAUAUAUUAUUACAUACUGGGAGAAUACAACGGAUGGAUCAAAAGUUAUUACUGACUAUGUUACCAAUCUAUUCAAUAUUGAUGUAUCAGAUAUCUGGGCUUCGAAGCAAUCCUUCCAUAUUAUUCAACAUGUGAUCAGUAGACAAAAAACACCAUUGAGAUACCCCAUUUGGAUACAGAAGAAUCUUGUCAUCUGGAUUCGAUAUACGACGUGCGGAUGGUGUGACAGCUACUGUAUGCCAUCAGCAGACUGGAAAGUUGGUUAUUGCUGUUUGGCCAGAGGCGACUCAUAA